UACUUGAGGGACAACGUCUCACAUCCAGACUCGAGCCCUCCUGCCUUCCCCAUCAAUUAAUUAUAAACGGAAAGAAGACAAUGAAGAACGCUUUCUUUAGGUUUUCAACACCGUAGACUACAGCGUUCCUGUCCCUUUAAAGCUCCAGACAAAACGCCCAUAUGAUCGCCGUGCUCCAAUCACCAAUUCCUUUUGCAAAGGCAGCCUCUGCAUUUUUGCCUUUUUCCAAAUGCCAACAUGGCGAAAAAGGAUUGAUUGGGGAAAUUAAUUGAAGAGACAGAAGAAAUGUGAAAAAUAACGUUAAACAUUUUCAUGGAGAGGAAAAGCCCGAUGCAAAGGGAGGGGAAACGGGACUCCUUCGCACCAGAAAACCUUGGAUCAAAAUGUUGAUAGUGGAGAAGACUGCAGACUACCCUUCCACAGAGUUCUCGCUAGUGGAAGAUGUUUCCCUCCACUUCACGUGUUUGAUGGACAGACUGAAUGAGCAGCGCCUGUUUCAGCCAGCCCUGUGCGACGUGGACAUCGUGCUGGUGCGCCAGAAGAACACAUUUCAGGCCCACAAAGGCGUGCUGGCAGCCUACAGCCAGUUCUUCCACUCGCUCUUCACCCAGAACAAGCAGCUUCAGAGGGUGGAGCUGUCUUUGGAGGCCCUCACUUCCCAGGGCCUGCAGCAGAUCCUCAACUUCAUCUACACCUCCAAGCUGCUGGUCAACGCCUGCAACGUGCAGGACGUGCUUAGCGCUGCUGCUGUGCUCCAAAUGAGUGACAUCGCCAGCUCCUGCCGUGAGCUCAUCAGCAGCCGCUCACUUGGCCUCACUGUCGAAGCGGCCGCCCCACAGGACGGACGGUCCAACGCCGGCCCAGCCCACUUCUACCGCGAGGUCAAGCAGGAAGUGGACCCAGCACACUCUAAGAUUUACGCCCGGGAAGGCAGCAACCCAUUUUCCGUCCGGGUGGAGGACAGUACAGGCAAGCCCCCACAGCCCCCCACCAGCCCGGUCAAGCCAUAUUUCAAGGAGGAGCCUGGGAAGGGCGGGGCAGGGGGGCUGUGCAAGAUGGAGGACGAGACGGGGCAACCCGAGAACUCGGACACCCGUGCCUCCUUCAACCGUGAACAGAUCAUUGUGGAGGUCAACCUCAACAACCAGACAUUGAAUGUUUCCAAGGGCAGUGAGAGUAAGCCACCCCCGGCCGAGGCCUCUGCCCUGCUGACCGGGGGGGCGGGCCUGUGCCCAGAGACCGAGGAAGAGGAGGAGGGGGGAGUGGAAGAGGAAGAAGGGGACGAGGAGGACAACGAGGAGGAGGACGAGAAUGACGCAGAUUUGGGAGAGGAGGAGGAGGAGGAUCUGAGCGAGGAAGAGGAGGAGGAGCUUGGCAGCAGCGAAGUAGAUGAGGAGGAAGGGCCUGGAGAGGGUGACCAUGACAUCUCCGACCUGAGGACAUCAGAGAUGCCUCGGCGACAGACCAGGGCUUCAGGGGGUGCUGCGCCCACAGUAUCCAUGCAACAGACCCGGAGUGCCGUCACAAGGGCCAGCAGUGGCCGAGGGCGCAAGAGGAAGAAGAGCCAGGACAGCGUCAGCCAGAAGGUGAAGCUGGAGGAGAAGCAGCACUUCCCUUGCAUGAAGUGCCCACGUAUCUUCAACAACCGCUGGUACCUGGAGAAGCACAUGAACGUCACGCACAACCGCAUGCAGAUCUGCGACAAGUGCGGCAAGCGCUUCCUGCUAGAGAGCGAGCUGCUGCUGCACCACCAGACUGACUGUGAGAAGAGCAUCCAGUGUGUCACUUGUGGGAAGGCCUUUAAGAAGCUGUGGUCCCUUCACGAGCAUAACAAAAUAGUCCAUGGCUACGCAGAGAAGAAGUUCUCAUGUGAGAUCUGUGAGAAGAAGUUCUACACCAUGGCUCAUGUGCGGAAACACAUGGUUGCCCACACCAAGGACAUGCCAUUCACCUGUGAGACAUGUGGGAAGUCCUUCAAGAGGAGCAUGUCCCUGAAGGUGCACUCCCUGCAACACUCAGGAGAGAAGCCCUUCAAGUGUGAGAACUGCAAUGAACGGUUCCAAUACAAAUACCAGCUGCGCUCCCACAUGAGCAUACACAUUGGACACAAGCAGUUCAUGUGCCAGUGGUGCGGGAAGGACUUCAAUAUGAAGCAGUACUUUGAUGAGCACAUGAAGACUCACACUGGAGAGAAGCCGUACAUCUGUGAGAUCUGUGGGAAGAGCUUUACCAGCAGGCCCAACAUGAAGCGCCACCGGCGCACGCACACAGGCGAGAAGCCAUACCCCUGCGACGUGUGCGGCCAGCGCUUCCGCUUCUCCAAUAUGCUCAAGGCCCACAAGGAGAAGUGCUUCCGGGUCAGCAACCCUGCCCCCCCUCAGACCGAUCCCCUCAGCCUCGACCCUGCCUCCCCGGCAACCAGUGCAGAGGGGGCAGCCAAUCAAGUGGAACCAGUGAACGCAUCAAUAGCAGCUGGUGACGUCGUGGCACCCCGCGCCCAUCAUAGCUCCCCCCUCUCCCUGCCCUUGCUCCAUUCGAUGGGAGGUUUCUCCCCCACCCCUCACCUAUCCACUCUGCCUCCCAUGUUCCCUGCUGGAAGGAUUAACUCCAACAAUAAUUAAGCAUUCUUGAGGGGUUUUGUCAUUUUUUUGUCUUUUUUCCUAAACUUGGAGAAGACUGACACAGAGAGAAACUGCCAUCAGCCAAUUACAGACUCAGAUUUAAUCCACCAGGAUUCCUACAGCUACAGGACUUUUGUUUUUUUCUCUCUUCUCUGAUACACCAUUCAGAGAUUACGAACAAGUACAGAAAGAAUAUUUACAUAGCAGAAUUUUAUAAAUGUGUUUUGAAAUACUAAAUAGUCUCAAAAGCCCUUAACCUUUGUUUCAUACGACUUUUUUCCAUUUGGAUCUGUAUUGUUUUCCCAUAAGCUGAAGGAUAAUGCCUCACCCAGGAGCUGCUUCCUGUCUUUGGAUUUGCA